AUUGGCUAUUACAAGAUGUUGAUUAACAGGUUUGGGCUGACAAUUAGUCCAGAAGUUGUGAUUCUGCGUUGGAAAACUCAAAAUUUGUGGAAAGUUGCUCUGAAGAAAUGGUCAAAUGUAGUUAACUCGAGAAUCCAUCCAAAUCCAGAAAAAAAAGAAAAGGAAGAAGGCCCAGCGCGAGUCGUCUGCUUCUCAUCUCCGAUCGUUCCCCUCACCUCUCUGGCUGGCUCUCACGUAGGAGACCUCCUCCAGUACGCACCAGCCGGCAAGGGCGUGCCCUCCGGUGGCCGGCGACCUACUUCAAAGGAGCACGAACAGCAGGUCCUCCGCGUGGGGACAUCUCCUCGAGCUUCUCACACUACCUCCCCUGCGCAGCUCGUCACCACCAGAUCCUCCUCCGUCGCGCACUCCCACCCGACCGUAUCACCUCUCGGAAGCAGUAUGGCGGCCAGACGGAACAUUCCUUAUUCUGUUCUUCCUACGGAGGACAGGGAUGAAGACAAUGUUGACCGCCGGUUCACAUAUACUCCAAAAUCCUUGAGGAGGAUCCCGUGGAAGUCGAUUGCCCUAGCAUUGUUCCUCCUCUUCCUGGGAAGCUCUCUUCUCUUCCUUUCAUAUUUUAUAUCCACAGGUCACAUGGAGGGUGAUAGCUCUCAGGUGUAUGGUCUAUUGUUCCUGGGUAUCCUUGCCUUUCUUCCUGGAUUUUAUGAGACCCGAGUUGCAUACUAUUCAUGGAGAGGAGCACCAGGGUUCACCUUUGCAGCCAUUCCAGACUAUUAGGCUUCGAUUCUAACUCAUCUACUGGGCAGUAAAGAUAUUGAACAGCAAGAGCCAGAAUACGAAACUUUAUCGAGAAUGAAAUGAACACUUAUUGUUAUGUUUGUACUACAAAUAGCUAAAAUGUAGGUGAAGUCGCCUUGUGCUGAUUCUUGUCACAUGACGGUGUUGUUUCAUCAGGCAAGCUACGCAUGUGCUGCAGAGCUAAAGCUGCUCUUGUGCUUGCUAUGUAGAUUGAACUUCUGGAGUUACCUAAGAUAGUAGUUUUAUGGCUUAA